GGAGAAAACAACCAUGAACAGCAUGAAUACGCCGUGCUACACCGUGGCUAUGGAUCUAGGCGUCUGCCAGCUGCGAAAUUUCUCCAUAUCGUUUCUGUCGUCGUUACUGAGCGCGGAGAGCUCGCACGUCAAGCUCGACAAAAGUUCGUCGGGAGCCAGCGUUGUGGCCAUAGACAACAAGAUUGAACAGGCAAUGGACCUGGUGAAGAGUCACCUGAUGUACGCUGUGCGUGAGGAGGUGGAGGUCCUGAAGGAGCAGAUCAAGGAGCUGAUUGAGCGCAACUCCCAGCUGGAGCAGGAGAACACCCUGCUGAAGACACUGGCCAGCCCGGAACAGAUGGCCCAGUUCCAGGCCCAAGUUCAGACUGGCUCCCCGCCUCCUCAGACAGCUGCCACACCGGGACCCCCAAGCACUGCAGCCCUCGCCCAGCCUGCCUCGCACAGCUCUGGCCCCUCAGCGUAGCCUGGUCUGCGCACGACAGACAGACAGACUGACUGACUGACAGUUUUUGAGCUCUGCUACAGCAGCAGAGCCAAACCUUGCCUUCUUCAGCAGGAGGCUGCGCUGUUUAAAACAAGAUUUUGCACAUAUUUAUCUCUCAGAAGGAUGCAGCCAGCGGGACAGGCGGUGCUGUGCUCUCCAGCGCAGCAAAGGGUGACAAUCUUGAGAUGCUGUUUGGGGAAGGGGGGUUGUUUCAGAGGAGGAUGAAUCAUUGAACAUUUGCCAAAUAACCCUUGGACAUAUCAACUAGAAUGUCUUACCAAGAGAAACAAAACAGCUUAUCAGUGGUGACAUUGUACUUAACUAUAGAUUAAAAAGAAAAUCACUGUGCCUGUGUCUGGAUUUUAGGUGAUGUCGAUUUUACUGAUGAUGGAGGAGCAGGAGCAGGAGGACUGUGUUGGUUGUUACCUUUUUUUUUUUGCUGAAUGAUGUAAAUAAAAGUGGCGCUCUCUCUCAAGGCUAGAUCCUAAAGUUACAAGUUGAAAGAGAGAAAGAGAAAAAGGUCUUCUCAGAGUGACAAAUGAAGAAUGUUAGCAAUUAUUAUCUUGACAAAGUCCCCAUCUGGAAUGGGGAGUCGGGGGGUGGGGAGGUUCGGGACGGGGUGGGAGGGUACUUUGAACAACACUUUGAUGCAGCAUUGACUUCAACUGUGGGUUGGUGGGAUGAACAAAACAUGGUUUCUUAUGGAGAUGAUGAUAUUCUAUUUUCAGUAUUUCACUUUCAAGCUUCUCAUUUUUGCCCUCAACAAAAGCUCAUUAUCGCUGUUUUCUCAACCCUGCAGUGGCAUGUAAUUUAAACCUUAUUUGACAGGGUUGAGACACUGGGCUAAGCUGCAUUUUUCUUUUCUUUUUUUUUCUUUUUUUCUUAAAAGUUUGAUGGGCAGAAGAUGAUGUAUAUUUCUGUAUAGUGUAAGUACCAUGUAAAAUAGUGAGGAGAAGGAGAAAAAUAACAGAUGCUAUCUAGGUCACACAGAUCGAGGCAGGUGAGCGAGGGACGUGUGAGUCUUGCCCAGUCUGUGUUGUCUAUUUUUAAUGCUGUAUUUCCAGGAUGGUGGAUUGACAGGAGUUUAGGUUAUUUAACUGACAACACAGCCAAAAAUGCUGUCCAUAUCCCUUACUGCAUCAUUAACUCUUGACUGUAAAACAACAAUUUUCACUUGGCUCUUUCUCUUUCUGGGGUAUUGCACCUUUUUGAUUUUUUUUAACGUUUUGACAGUGAAGUACUUCUGGAUAAACAAUAUCUUGAGAACUCAACAUUUAAAAAAACAAACAAAAAAAAGGACAAAUACAAACUCUGGAGAUGUUUUUUCUUUUUCAUUCUGUGUAUCAGUUGUAUGCUCAUGUUCUGUGCAUGUUUCCGUGAAGACCGGAUAAAAUAUUGUAACAUACAUACCACAAUUGCACUUGACAGCUGCACUUCACAACUUUCAAUAAACAUGCUUAAGGAAGAAUAA